AGAAAAUUUGUCAUAGCAUUAUUUUCACGUCAUUUACUCACUCCCGAAUUUUUUGCAGUCCCGAACCACUCUGUUACCAUUUAUGUAUGAUUAUGUUAUUUAUAUCUCUCAAAAAUUAUUAAAAAAAAAUAAUUUUAAAACAGAAGAGCCCCAAAAUCAAGGCGAUUUAGAAACAAAUAUCUAUAGUAUAUGACACAGCUUAGUUACUGUACAACGCGACGAUUAUAGCAUGUUGAUUUGAUGCAGUUUACUAGGAAAUGGAAAUAUCACAGAUUAAGGUCAUUCAAUGACAAAUCGUACGGAGUCGAAGAUCACUUUCUCAUUCAGUUGAAAGAUAUGAAGAAACAUCUGUUAAUAUUUUUUAUCUGUUUUCUAUAUUUGGGCGUUUUGGGAACCAUUGAAUGUGCUCCUGUAGAAGGUGAUAAUCAACCAAAAGCCAGUGAUGCAAAAUCUGCAUUCGGAGUGCCGUUUGAUGAGAUAGUUGUCGAUACGUCUUUGAUCGUGAAAAGGAAAAAUCCAGACCGACAAUCAAGAAAUACAAAUGCUUCCAAAAAUAAUUCUAUCAAAUUGGCAGAAGCUACACUUACGCGAAAUAACUCCACAUGAAAACUUAUGAUGAUUGUAAUUUAGUUAUUAAAUCAUUUUUAUGAUAAAUUAAUAAUAAUAUUGUUUUUCCCCAAUACCAAGUAACAAAAAAACAUGUAAUUGAUUCCAAAAUACCUCACAGUCUUCUAAUGAAAUCGCUGGAUUAUAAUUAAUGUAGCCCUGGAUUCAUCUGAAUUUUGAUAGAUUCUAAAUUUUGGAAACUGGUAUACAAGUAUAAAAAAGAAUUUAAGAAAUAUACCAUAACAAUGAAUUGGUGAGAAAUAUCAUUAAUAUAUUAAAUAAAAUCAACACGAUAUUAGUCUUGCGGAAGUUCUAAUACCUGUAAAUAUUACGAAACGCAAUAAAAACAAAAUAAACACUAUUAAUAAAA